AAUGAUAUAUGACAUUUCUUAUAUAAAAUGUAGGAAAUUUUCAAUAAAAACGUAAAUAACAAUUAAAAGGAACAAGGUCACAUCCGCAAUUGUAUUUUUUUUUGUAAAAUUUAAAUGAUUGGAAAUUUAUUAUUUGCCAAAGGUAAUUGGUUACCUACCCUACCCACAAAUGGCUUACCGAUGAAUUGACUUAAUUUUAUCAAAAUAAUUAGAACUAAGUUUUAUGAUAUUAUGAGAUCAAGAUCUAACGAAAGACCCAGCCUUGUUUGACCUUGUUAUGCAACUAAUAAUAUUGUUUAUCGGUUACCAAAGUAACACAAUUUCUUUCAAUUUUGAAGUAUGAUUUCUCAAAAAAAGUAAACACACUCAUGUCUGUUACUUUAUUUUACAAAAUUAUAUUAGAUUAUUAUUUGUUACCUAAUAGACAUGGAUGCAAUAAAAGAAGAAGCCAUACACCACACAGCUCUUAAAUUAGCCGAAGAAAUUAAAAACCUAUCCAUAUACAAAUCAUUCUACAGCGAUGUUCAGAAACUAGUCUCUUCGCCAAACGUAAAGAAAGAGGACUUUAAGCAGACGCUACAGCAAGCCAUGAAAGAAAAAGGUUUAGAUACCAAGCUUAGAAACACAGUAUUUCAUUGGGUGAGAACACAAAGUAAGCAAAAUAAGCUAGAUCCAUUAACUUCUCUUUUGAAAGCGAGUGCACAAUGGGAGAAGAGGAUACAUAAAUCUCUGAACUCGAUGUGCUCCGACCUGGAGACAUCGUUAGCGAAGAUACGAUCCCAGAGUGAGCAGGAGGAGCUCGCAGAAAAGUGGAACGAACUAAGUACCUACAAUUUAGAUUUAACAAAAUACAGGCCAGUGUAUGCUCCGAAAGACUUUUUAGAAGUUUUACUAACGUUAUCCGGCUAUGUGCCAUUUACAAGAGAUGAUGAGCCAAAAUGGGAGUUUGCACAUUUACCACUGCAAGUGAAAACAUUAGAUCAAUUGCGCAAGGUCUAUUUAGAGUGGUUUAACGGGGAGCCUCUCCUCGGAGUGAACCCUAACAUGCCGAGUUCCGUGCCUGGGUUUGCGACGCUGGAGACCGAACGUAUCGGCUUGGGGGAUAGAGUGGCCGCGUUGGGCUACGCGCCUGUCAUCCAGGAGUACUUGAAGAAAGGCAGCCCACAAUGCUUACGGGCAAAGCUUUGGUCACAAGUGCUGGGAGCUGAGGUGAAGUCACAGCAAAUAGCAUAUUUUGCGCAACUGAAGAAGAGUGUGUUGGACGUUGAUCUUAUGAUAGACAAGUUAAUAUUCAAGGACGUGCAGCUGACUGCAUCUAACGAUGACCAGUAUUUUGUAUUUGAAGACCUUUUGUACCAGGUGAUGUUAUGUUUUUCGCGCGAUUGCGAAGUCAUGCAGCAUCUCAAGGGCAGCAUUGGCAACCCUCUUACAGUCACUAUCAAGGGCAAGCAGACGUCCGCGGAAAGCGUCACUGUUUUUCCUCCGAGCGGGAUCAUCCCUUUCCAUGGAUUCACCAUGUAUGCAACACCUUUUUGUUACCUGUACGACGACCCGGUGCAGCUAUACUACACGUUUCGAGCUUUUUACAUACGAUAUUGGCAUAGAUUGCACUAUAUUUCGACGCAUCCACAGGGUAUAGUUUCUCUUUGUUUACUGUACGAAAGGUUACUAGAAGCGAACGAGCCUCUCCUGUGGAUACACUUCAGAAAUAUAAACAUUAAUCCAAUCAGAGUGGUCUUCAAGUGGUUGAUGAGGGCUUUCAGUGGGCACCUGCCGCCUGACCAACUCCUCCUUCUAUGGGACGCCAUACUGGGAUACGACUGCCUUGAGAUCCUGCCUCUUUUAGCCCUGUCUAUACUGAGCUUCAGGAAAGAGAAUAUAUUCCAAGUGAACACAUUGCAAAAUGUCGACGCGGUACUAGCAGACUUGUCCACGGUUUCAGUGAUACCACUUCUGCAACUGGCGUUGAUGAAAGGGUAGAUGCUUGGCGCAGGCGUAGCCCAUAUGAAAAUAAUCGUUUCAACUACUUAAUUGGUUUUAAACUAAGAGUCUCGAAAUAAAACGUCGACGUUAGAAUAGGCUCGGCUAAUAGCAUUGAGCUGGAUUUUUAAUCAAGGAAGGAUUUGUAUCCUUAAUGUUUUUUGUUAGAGUGAUCGUUUUUUUCAUGAAUGAAUAUGAAUUUAUUGUUAAUGUUUUUCCAUGUUUAUUUCGCUUUCAUUGUUAUGUUGAACCAAAUUUUUGUUCGUAAGCAUCCGACUCGAAGGACCAUGAUAAAUGUUUACCUAUAGUAUGCUAUUUAAUAAAAUAUCUAUAACUUUUUAAAGUUCCAUUACUUUGCGUUAGUUGCUAUAUUAAAAUAUUAACUAUGUGAGUGUAAAAAGAGACACAGAAAAAAAUGGAAUAUAGAAAAUAGCGGAGGCAAAAAUAACAUAAAUAAUCAACAAAAAUAUUUAGAUUACCUACUCAAUAUUAUGUAGUGUACGAGUAGUAUUUUUGUAUGCGAUAAAGUCUACAAUUUAAACAUAAUUUCAUAAAAUUAUUUCAGUUAUCCCCAUCGCGCAUGCGCAGACCAUAACAGUUUAUUGUUAUCCAUAUUGUUUUGUAUAGUGUUUUUAUAGCCUUUUUUUUGUAGAGUUGUAUUUUUUUAAUUAGUGAAAAAUAAAGUACA